GAGGUGUAUACAUAUUUGCCAACAUUAAACAUAAAAUAUACUCCCUAUAGUUUCCUUCUCAAAAGAGACUCCCCUGCUGCGCUGCGCCACCCUCCGCCGCCGCCACCAGUGCCGUUCACUGUCAAUCUCUCUCCGUCGAAGUGCCGCUGCGCAGAGAUUCUAUUUCUGGCAUCACCGACUUGCUGACUCCGUAAUUGAAGUGUUCAUAAUUCUUGUAAAUUGUGAUGGAUAUAUUUCUCAAGAAGUUGGAUCAUUCUCAACCAAGUUCUAGUUCUAGUUGUCCAUCCCUGAGUCCGACGAUAGCUCCAGAAAUUCGUAUGAAUGCCAAUCUUUCCCAUCUUAUAGAUGAACUCAAUUUGGAGUCACUUAAAGAUGAUCCAGGAGAGAGAAUGCCCCUCGUUAACUAUAGCCCUCGAAUACGAGAAGAAGUGAGAAAACACUACAUUCAUAAAGGUCCUUGUCAACCUUCCAAGCAUCAAUUUCCUAAAACUAAAAUUGGGAAUAAAAUGCGUCAAUUUAAUUCAAGUUGGUUCGAAGGUCCAUUUUCUGGAUGGUUGGAGUAUAGUGUGAAGAAAGAUGCUGCAUAUUGUCUAUGUUGUUAUUUGUUCAAACAUGAGUUCAUUCAUGGAAGUGCGGGUGAAGUUUUUUCAAAAAUUGGUUUUAGGACUUGGAAUAAGGCUCUUGAAAGAUUGCGUUUGCAUGCUGGUGAGGCUAAUAGUGUCCAUCAUAAAUGUUUCAAUAAGAUGCUAGGUUUGUCAAAUCAUCAUCAAUCAAUCCAAGCUGCUUUUGACAAGCAAUCCGAGAAGUUAAAAAGUGAGCAACGAAUGCGUUCGGAAGCCUCAGUUGAUGUUGCAAAACUUCUCUUGCAUUAUGGAUUGCCGCUCUUCCACACUCUCCAGCACCUCAUGGAUUCCGCCUGUGACGACUCGGACAAGUCCAUCAAUGCCCCAGCAAGAGACUGUGCAUGUGACGCUAAGGCCAUGGCUGCAACACCAGCGGACAUGAAAGAGUACCCAAAUUCCUAUGUUUUAAUUGUGGAUACGCCCGGGUUGAAAUCUGGAGAUAUAAAGGUGCAGGUGGAAGAUGACAAUGUGCUGCUGAUAAGUGGAGAAAGGAAGAGGGAAGAAGAGAAAGAAGGGGGAAAGUAUAUUAAAAUGGAGAGAAGGGUUGGGAAGUUCAUGAGGAAGUUUACACUGCCAGAGAAUAUUAAUACUGAUGCAAUUUCUGCUGUUUGUCAAGAUGGGAUUCUGACUGUGACUGUUGAGAAGUUGCUUACUCCUCGGCUAAAGAAACGCAAAACUAUUGAAGUUAAAUUUGCAUGACAUGGAAUGGAUAGUCUGUUUCCUUGACAUGGGAAUUGAGAGUGCGUCUGUUUUGAUGACUGAUGGUAUCAUACAAUGAAAAUAGUUUAGAUCCGGGACUAGGAACGCUAGUCUUUUACUCUUUUUCUCAUUUGUAGCUAUGGUUUCCAUGUUUUCUGAAGUCAAUGCAACAUGAGUAACUAUAUGUUGCUUGUAACAGGCAUGAUAUCAGUUGUUUUUGUUAAUACAGUGAAACGCUUCUAUCUC